GCGACGGGCUGGGCUGAAGCCGUGAGUGUCAGAGUAAGAGAAGUGGUGAAACAGCAGUUCCUUAUACUAACUUAUAUUAAUCAACGAUUAUAGCACUGGGAGGCUGAAAACCCUGGCUGCUACUGGAAGCAUGUUGUAUAAGAAGUGAUUAAGAAGUGGUAACGCUGUUGCCUAGCCAACUGGAACAUGGAGACACAGCUAGACCCUAGUAAGGAUGAUUUGCCCCUAAUGGCCAACACUAGCCACAUGCUGAUGAAGCAUUACAUAUUGGACCUGGAUGUGGAUUUUAAAAGCCAAGUUAUUGAAGGCAGUAUAGUUCUCUUCUUUGAGACUGGAAGCAGUUGCAGGAAAGUAGGCAGUAGUGUGGAAGGAGCCUGCCAUCCACAGUCAGAUGAAACCUUCAAAAUUCGGGCAUUUGAACUCUGCCACAUUCCUGUGACAAAUGCAAGUGCCUGCUCAUCUAAAACUGGAUAUAAUGAUUUUGCUGUCUGUGGUAAAGGUGAAAAAGAUACUUCUGAUAAAAAUGGUAACCAUAGCAACAGGGCACAGGCUUCUGGGAUUUCUAGUUCAAAGAAGUGCUGUGACAUAGAGAAUCAUGGGAGUGAGGAUUUUCUGCUGGUACUGGACUGCUGUGAUUUAUCUGUAUUAAAGGUCGAGGAGGUGGAUGUUGCUGCUGUGCCAGGUAUUGAAAAAUUUACAAGGUCUGCCAAGCUAACUGAGGGUUCAGAAGAGCUGGGAAAUCUCAGGAAUCAGAUUGUACAUGAACUUGUGACUUUACCUGCGGAUCGGUGGGAGGAACAGCUCUACUAUUACACUUGCUGCAGCCAGGCGCCUGGUUGUGGAGAGCUUCUGUUUACCACUAGCACUUGGAGCUUGGAGAUAAGGAAGGCAGGGAUUCAGAUACCAAGAGACUUUCCUCGUGCAAUAAGGAUCUGUUACAAAACAAAGCCAGAGGGAAGAUCAGUUACGUGGACCACAGACCAGAGUGGCAGGCCUUGUGUUUAUACAAUGGGAUCACCACUAAACAACAGAGCUCUUUUUCCGUGCCAGGAACCACCAGUUGCCAUGUCAACCUGGCAAGCUACAGUCCGAGCAGCUACAGGUUUUGUUGUCUUAAUGAGUGGUGAAAAUUCAGCAGAACCAAUACAGCUUCAAGAAGGUAUCUUUAGUUGGAACUAUUAUGUGACCAUGCCAAUGCCAGCAUCCACCUUCACUAUCGCUGUUGGGUGCUGGAUAGAAGUCAAACGGGAAUCUCUUGCAACUGAGGUCAUGACAAAUGAUGUGAUCUCCUUGCCAUUUUCAAAGGCUGAUUUCAGGUUGGUUGAAGGGGGCUGUGGUCAUUUGGAAUACCCCUGCCGGUUCCAAAAUCCUGGUGCCGCAUCUCAACCAGUCAUUCCUCAUCGAGUCUUUGCUCCAUGGUGCCUGAGGGACCUCUGUGCAGAGAAGCUGCUUGAGCUGAUUCCUCAAUGCCUGUCGGCUGCUCAUGCUACACUGGGUACUCAUCCCUUUUCCAGGCUCGAUGUGUUGAUAGUCCCUUCCAACUUUUCCAGUCUGGGAAUGGCCAGCCCACACAUCAUCUUCCUGUCACAGAGCAUAUUAUCUGGAGGGAGCCAUCUCUGUGGAACACGUCUAUGCCAUGAAAUUGCUCAUGCUUGGUUUGGAUUGGCCAUUGGUGCUCGUGAUUGGACUGAAGAAUGGAUCAGCGAAGGUUUUGCUACUCACCUGGAGGAUGUAUUUUGGGCAGCAGCACAGCAGCAGCUGCCAUGUGAUGAAGCAAGAGAGCAGCAGGAACUGAAAGCUUUGCUCCGCUGGCGACGGCUCAGAGAUGAAGUGCAGAACUCUGAAGAAGAGCUGCAAGUAUUAAGGCCCAAAAAAGAGAACACGGGAGAAACGAGUGAGUCUGGAGCAUCUAUUAUCAAACAUGGCCUUAAAGCAGAAAAAAUCUUCAUGCAGGUUCAUUAUUUGAAGGGCUAUUUUCUUCUGCGAUCUUUAGCAAGAAAAAUAGGAGAGGCUACGUAUUUUACAUUUUUAAGAACAUUUGUCCAGAAGUUUCAUGGACAACUGAUUCUCUCUCAGGAUUUCCUUUACAUGCUGCUGGAGGACAUCCCUGAACAAAAAGGGUAUGGGCUGUCUGUUGAAAGUAUCUUCCAGAACUGGCUUGACACUUCUGGAAUACCAAAGCCUCUGCUGGAAGAGAGUCGCACUUGGAAGGAGGGUCGCCUCGUCCAGCAAGUGACUGCCGAGGUUGCAAAAUGGAUUCAAGUAAACCAGAGAGCCAGAAAAGGCAGCAAAAGGAAGAGGGGUCAGGAUGAAGUGGCUUUCCAGAAGCUUCUCCCAGACCAGCUGGUUUUACUUCUGGAGUCUCUCUUGGAGGAGAAAACGUUAUGUCCCCGAACUCUUCAGUGCUUAGAGAAAACGUAUCGCCUCCAGGAGCAGGAUGCAGAGGUUCGACAUCGAUGGUGUGAGCUUGUUGUGAAGCAUAAAUAUGCAGCAGGGUAUGGUGCUGUUGAAAAAUUUCUUUGGGAAGAUCAGGCAAUGGGUGUGUAUCUAUAUGGAGAAUUAAUGGUGAAUGAAGAUGCAAAACAACAAGAACUUGCCCAUAAAUGCUUUGCUGCAGCAAGAGAACAAAUGGAUAUGUCCUCAGCUAAAGUGGUGGCCGAGAUGUUAUUUUAAAGAGGAAAGAUCACAGAGAAAUUCUUUUAAUAUACCUACUACUAAACCGUGGUGGUACUAGGAUUUCAUUGACCCUGGACAUCAAAGGAAAGAUUAUGUGACUGCUAAAACAAUCACCUGACAGAAACAAUCACCUGACAGAAACUCAGUAGUUAUCUUUUCCAGAGGCUUAUUGUGACCACGCACCAAGGAAAAAAAGGAUUACAUUAUUAUGGCUUCAGCUACUUGCCCUAGCAUAAGCCAUUUGAUGAUAUUUAUGGUUACUAGGCUCUACUGUAUCAUGUUAGAAAAGCUGCAGUUUCCAAAUAUCAAAACAGCACAAGUUUGUUACAAAGAGGUGCUGAAGCCUCUUGAUUUGAAUAAGUAUUUUGUAUGCAGUUCAGCAACUGGGCCAAUAUAGAAAUAAGACAAUUUGUGAAUUUCGCACUAAACACCACAACCUUUAGCAAACUCUGUAGAAGAUAUGUGUUUUGCUUUGCUUUGUUUUGUUUUGAAGGCAAUUUAGGUGGAUUUCUGAAAAUGACUCCCGAUCCCUUGAACUAGUAGCCUAAUGGAUGUCUAGGUUAGACAUAAUUGACUCUUAGUUUGGUGUGGAAAUAAUCUGAAAUUGUAGCUAGAAGACAUACAAUUUGAGACUAAAUUUGCUGAAAAAUAACUGCAAAUCAUUCAUGUAGACUGGAAAAAAAAUUGCAGCUACAAUCUUGAUCAGCUGCCUUUAUGUCCACGUAAUUCUAUUUAAUGUACAAUGGGCAGACUCUCCAUUACCAGAAAUGCUUUUUUCUCACUUAGUGUGAAUAGCAAAUGUAUCAAAUGCAGCUCCUCUCCCCCAUGAAAUUUGCUGCUCGAGUGAUUGUGGGAUAUCAGUUUUGAGGCUCUUUCCAGACCGUGGGCCUCUUAGAAAACAAAACAAAAUUGUUCACAUUUGCUUUGUAUACUUAUUUUACCUCACUGAACUCUUAUAACAAAUAAAGUAUUUUUUAUAAGUUG